UUCCUACUCCUAUUUGCUGGCCAGUUGGAUUAGCUUGAGUCGUGCCAAGAUGUCAUCACACCAAAUGCAGUGCAAGCAGAAAACCACUUUGCCUCCUCCCUUGUGCAAAGUGCCACAGAACCCGGGCCAGGACACAGUGCCACUCCCAGAUCCAGUGCCACUGCCAGCUCCAAUGCCAGAGCCAGGACCAGGAAAAACACCAGACAUUAAGAUACCAGAGUGUCCACCGCCACAACAGCAGCAAUGCAAGCAACCUCCAAUCAUCCCACCAUGCCCACCACCCUGCAAGGAGCCACCAGUGCCAGAGCCCAUGCCAUUCCCUGAGCCAGUGCCUUGCCCAGAAAAACCAGUGCCACUGCCAGUUCCAGUGCCGGAGCCAGGAAAAGGGAAAACACCAGACAUUAAGAUACCAGAGUGUCCACCGCAGCAACAGCAGCAAUGCAAGCAACCUCCAGUAAUCAUCCCACCGUGUCCUCCACCCUGCAAGGAGCCACCUGUGCCAGAGCCCAUGCCAUUCCCUGAGCCAGUGCCUUGCCCAGAAAAACCAGUGCCACUGCCAACUCCACUGCCAGCUCCAAUGCCAGACCCAGGCCAAGGCAAAACACCAGACAUUAAGAUACCAGAGUGUCCACCGCAGCAACAGCAGCAAUGUAAGCUGCCUCCAGUCAUCCCACCAUGCCCACCACCCUGCAAGGAGCCACCAGUGCCAGAGCCCAUGCCAUUCCCUAAGCCAGGGCCUUGCCCAGAAAAACCAGUGCCACUGCCAACUCCAGUGCCAGACCCAGGCCAAGGGAAAACACCAGACAUUAAGAUACCAGAGUAUCCACCGCAGCAACAGGAGCAAUGUAAGCAACCUCCAAUCAUCCCACCAUGCCCACCACCCUGCAAGGAGCCACCAGUGAAGUGCCCACCGCCACAGCAGACCUGUCCCCCCAUCCAACAGCAGCAACAAAAGCAGCCGUGCCAGUGGCCACCACAGCAGAAGUAA